AAUCAGAGGCCGAGCUGAUGCUCAGCAGCGCUAUAAAAACAAGGUGGCCGCAGAGAGUCAGGCAGGAAUGAAAAACAAUAGAAACGUUCACACAGACAACACGUCUAAAGACUCUUUUAAUCUUUUGAUAUUUUUUUAUACUUAACAUAAGGUUUUGGGGUCAAGAAAAUGGCCACCUCAGCAAGUUCAAAACUGAACAAAGCUGUUAAACAGCAAUACAUGGAACUCCCUCAGGGAGGCAAGGUCCAAGCCAUGUACAUCUGGAUAGAUGGAUCUGGAGAGGGGCUGCGCUGCAAGACCAAGACUUUGGAUUUUGAGCCCAAGGCAGUGGAGGAUCUUCCUGAGUGGAACUUCGAUGGCUCCAGCACCUACCAGUCAGAGGGCUCCAACAGCGACAUGUACCUGAUCCCCUCAGCCAUGUUCAGGGACCCCUUCAGAAAAGACCCCAACAAGCUGGUGCUCUGUGAGGUGCUCAAGUACAACCGCAAGCCAGACGACAACAACCUGCGCCACACCUGCAAACAGAUCAUGAGCAUGGUGGAGGACAACCAUCCGUGGUUUGGUAUGGAGCAGGAGUACACUCUCCUGGGCACAGACGGACAUCCCUUCGGCUGGCCGUCCAAUGGCUUUCCGGGUCCACAAGGUCCUUAUUACUGUGGAGUGGGUGCAGAUAAGGCAUAUGGGCGAGACAUAGUGGAAGCACAUUACAGGGCCUGUCUGUACGCUGGGGUUAAGAUCUGUGGUACCAAUGCUGAAGUCAUGCCAGCUCAGUGGGAAUUCCAAGUCGGCCCUUGUGAAGGUAUUGACAUGGGAGACCAUCUGUGGGUGGCUCGCUUCAUCCUCCACAGAGUUUGUGAGGAUUUUGGCAUCAUUGCAUCCUUUGACCCCAAACCAAUCCCUGGGAACUGGAAUGGGGCCGGCUGCCACACGAACUUCAGCACAAAGGAGAUGCGAGAAGAUGGUGGACUCAAGGUGAUUGAGGAGGGGAUUGAGAGACUAGCCAAGAGACACAGGUAUCACAUCCAGGCCUAUGAUCCCAAAGGCGGGCUCGACAACGCCAGGCGCCUCACCGGUCAUCACGAAACCUCAAACAUCGAUGAGUUCUCUGCUGGCGUUGCAAACCGUGGCGCCAGCAUCCGCAUCCCUCGGGCCGUUGGGCAGGAUAAGAAGGGCUACUUUGAGGACCGGCGUCCGUCGGCCAACUGCAACCCUUACAUUGUUACAGAGGCUCUGGUGCGCACGGUCAUACUGAAAGAGGAGGGCGACCAUCCAACAGAAUACAACAAAUGAACAUUCUCAGGCAAAAUGUCAUGACCAGUACUGUAUUUAGCCUUCAAGACUUUAUGGAUUGACCUGUACCUUUUUUUAUUUUUUUUACCUGAUGGAUGAAAUAACAACUGAGGUAUCCCUGAAAUCUUUGUGUAGCCAGUCCUGCAUGAAACUUUUACCUUUGGCACAAUCACUGCCUUAUUGCCAACACAUUUUGUCUCCAAAGCUGAUUGUUUAUGUAUAAAAUAAAUAUGCUAAUGUCUUUAACUUGUAGUCAUGCUAAUUGUCGAAGUGCAGCAGCUUUUUGCUGUAAAUAUUGUUACUCUGACUCAAAGGAUCCCAAAGGCAUUUGAAUGUUUGUCUGCAGUCUUGGCCUCUGUUGCAAUGCUGGUUUUAUCAUGUUUUGCAUAGAUAAGGUGAAUAUAUAAGCCAGUAAACUUUUAUGUUAUAUUGAAUGCAUGCCAUCUUAAUGUUUUCCACUUGUUAUGGUCUUCUGAAAAAAACUUAAAUAAAUUGCUAACAUUUUUA